UGCCAGCUGUUACUGCAAGUCCGUUCUUCUACCAUGAGCGUGGAACAGCCAAAAUCAGCAGAUCCUCAUGUAACUUGAGACGACAGACUGGCUCUGAACAAGUUGAAAUCAUCGCAGAAGGAUAAAGUUCGACAGUUUAUGAUCUUCACACAAUCUAGUGAAAAAACUGCAGUAAGUUGUCUUUCUCAAAAUGACUGGAAGUUAGAUGUUGCAACAGAUAAUUUUUUCCAAAACCCUGAACUGUAUAUACGAGAGAGUGUAAAAGGAUCAUUGGACAGGAAGAAGUUAGAACAACUAUACAGUAGAUACAAAGAUCCUCAAGAUGAAAAUAAAAUUGGAAUAGAUGGUAUACAGCAGUUCUGUGAUGACCUGGCGCUUGAUCCAGCCAGCAUCAGUGUUUUGAUCAUUGCGUGGAAGUUCAGAGCAGCAACACAGUGUGAGUUCUCCAAGCAGGAGUUCAUGGACGGCAUGGCCGAGUUAGGAUGUGACAGCAUAGAAAAGCUAAAGGCUCAAAUACCCAAGAUGGAACAAGAAUUGAAAGAACCAGGACGAUUUAAGGAUUUUUACCAGUUUACUUUUAAUUUUGCAAAGAAUCCAGGACAAAAAGGAUUAGAUCUAGAAAUGGCCAUUGCCUACUGGAACUUAGUGCUUAAUGGAAGAUUUAAAUUCUUAGACUUAUGGAAUAAAUUUUUGUUGGAACAUCAUAAACGAUCAAUACCCAAAGAUACUUGGAAUCUUCUUUUAGACUUCAGUACAAUGAUUGCAGAUGACAUGUCUAAUUAUGAUGAAGAAGGAGCAUGGCCUGUUCUCAUUGAUGACUUUGUGGAAUUUGCACGCCCUCAAAUUGCUGGGACAAAAAGUACAACAGUGUAGCACUAAAAGAACCUUCUAGAAUGUACAUAGUCUGUACAAUAAAUACACCGGAAAAUUGCACAGUCAAUUUCUGCUGGCUGGACUGAACUGAAGAUCAAUCCUCACUAUUCAGACUAAGGGUUGAGACAAAACUUUAAGGAUACAUUUUGGACCAUAUCAUAUUUCAUUCUUCUAAUGGUGGUUUGGGCUUGUCUUCUAGUCUGGGCCGCUCUAAACAUUUAUGAUUCCAACGUUGUGGAUUUCAUCUUAAUAUCUGUGGACCAUCCUAGUUUAUUCUCCCAUAAGUCUUACAAGCUUUAUGGUGAUUAUUUGAGGUUUCCAUUCUUGCAUAAAGCACAAUGCUGUCUUCAUCAGAAAACAGUUUGGCAUAAGAAUUAAACAUAAUGAACAUCACAAACAAUUUAUAAAAACUUCUUAAAUAUAUGCUUUGGGCUAGUUGCAAAGACUAUGCUGAUAGCACUUCCUAUGAGAGUGGUAUAUUUAAGUGUAUGGGAUCUGGAAUGGUGUUUGGUUUGGGUUGAUUUUUUUUUUUUUCCUGGCAAAUCACAUGUAUUGUUGACAUAAGUAGAAUAUGUGAUGAGAGAAAUGUCAAAACAACCAUCGUGAAAAUUUUUUGGGAUAACUUGGUGCCUACUUGAAAAACGUAUUGUGUUUUAGACUCUCAGUUUCAAAAAGGUUCCACAGAAAUAGUGUGCACUCCCAGUGUUUGUAUGGAAUGGUCCUAUGGGGAGCUUUUAUUUAGCGGACCUCUGCGUAAUGUUAGAGCCCACUCUUGUCUGCAUUAUGCACCACAUAAUUGGAUUUCAUUAUGCUUUUGAAAUGCUCAUAUGCCUAUCAAAUAAGUUAAACUAUUUAAUUUGUUUUGAAUGUUUUUAAUUACUAUACAGUACAAUAUCCUAAAUUUAGGCAUGAGGGUUUAUUUUUGUUUUUGUUUUUUUCUUUUUGGUCCUCGCACUAUGGAACACAAAUGAAAUUCUUAAUUUAUAAAAGGAUAGUAUGAAUUAAAUUUUGGAAAUGGUUGUGAUGAGCCAUGAAGUUCAAUCUAUAUAAUAUAGGUACUGCUCUUUCAGACAAGUAGUCCAUUUUUGAUGACUUCUUAUUUUGUUGAAAUUGCUUUAACUGCUAAUCACUGUGGUUGCCAAAUAUUUACUUCAGGAGCAAAGAUUUU